AAUUUCCCCUUUGAAAGAUCCACACACCAAAUCACAUGUUCGGCAUUUUACAGGAAGACUGCAGAGCCGCGUUUUCAGAGCUGAACUCUGCAUGCAGCAAACAAGAGCAGCGAAUUGAGUUCAGAUCUUUGGUUGAGGACAUUUCAAUGAUCCGUCUGAGGCAAAGUUUUUCACAGACAGUCACAGCACUGGAAGAAGAUGACGUGUUUUUUUGCCGCUCACUGCCCCAGACAGUGUCUUCCUCGGGCCAGGGCCGCUCUGAGUCCCCCGUCUACACCAACCUGCAGGAGCUGAAAAUCACCCAGUCCAAUCAACCACCUCUGCCCUCCAGUGCCCCCCUUCAUGUGGUGGGUGACUGGGAGACCCACAAGGAUCAGAGCGGGAGACUCUUCUACUACAACCACUCCACUCAAGAGAGGACCUGGAAGCCACCUCGGACUAGGGACCACAGCAUCAGACACUCCAAAGGAGACAGCCAAAGCACCGGAGACAGCUCCGAGACCACGCCCCUCUUGCUGUUGCCGUCUUUCCACCCGCUCCUCUCGCGCUCUCUUGGUCAUCUCCAGCCUCUGUCGUCGGAGGACACCUGCCUCAGUACCUACUCUAGCCAGUCUGACAGCCAGUAUGGCUCGCCACCGCGUGGUUGGUCAGAGGAGAUGGACGAAUAUGGCCACACGCUGUACGUCAGCGACUAUACUAACGAAAAGUGGUUAAAACACGUGGACGACCACGGCCGACCGUACUACUACAGCGCCGAUGGCUCCAAGUCAGAGUGGGAGCUUCCAAAGUACAACCACUCCACUCCUCAUCUGGCCGGAGACGCCCCAAAGAGUCGCAGUUUAGACCGGAAACAAGUGGAACCCAUCGUCCUGACCAAGUGGAGGCACAGCAGCAACCUGCAGGAGGCCAGUGAGAAGGAUGGCAACAAGCCCCCUUCUCCUGACUCUGACUCCUGCUCCUCGUCUCCAAAGCCCCCGGCCUCCCUGUCUGAAAAAUGUGGUGUUUUAAACGUGACAAAGAUCACAGAGAACGGCAAGAAAGUACGAAAAAACUGGACUGCUUCCUGGACCGUCCUUCAGGGAUUCACGUUACUGUUUGCCAAAGGUCAAGGAGGCGGGACCAGUUGGUUUGGAGGCGGUCAGUCCAAACCUGAGGUCACUGUGGAUCUGAGAGGCGGGUCCGUGGACUGGGCCUCCAAAGACAAGUCCAGUAAGAAGCACGUUUUAGAGUUGAAGACUCGUCAGGGCACCGAGCUGUUGAUUCAGUCAGACAACGACGGCGCCGUCUCCGAGUGGUACCGAGCGCUGCAGGACGCCAUCAGCACACACGCCUGGGAGUCUGAUGAGGCCAUUGAAGAGGACCUGCCCGAGUCACCUGGUCCAGAGAAACAGGACAAGGACAAAGAACACAGAGACUCCAAGAAGAGCAGAGCCAUGAAGCAGUCGGCCAGCAUGGACAGCUCCGACACCAAGAAGACCAGACACAAGCUGAAGAAGUUUCUGACCCGCCGUCCCACCCUGCAGGCCGUCAGAGACAAAGGCUACAUCAAAGAUCAGGUGUUCGGCUGCAGCCUUUCCGAUUUGUGUCACAGAGAGAACGCCUCAGUGCCGAGUUUUGUCAAGAUGUGCAUCGACCACGUGGAGAACAACGGUCUGUUUGUGGACGGGCUCUACAGAGUUAGCGGGAACUUGGCUGUCAUCCAGAAACUACGAUUCGCCGUCAAUCACGAUGAGAAGGUGAACUUGGCAGAUGGAAAAUGGGAGGACAUCCACGUGACCACCGGCGCCCUAAAGAUGUACUUUAGAGAACUGCCGGAGCCGCUCUUCACAUACGCUCUCUUCCACGACUUUGUCAGCGCCAUCAAGAUUCCAGACUUCAGGCAGCGAGUUCAGGCCGUUAAAGAUCUGGUGAGGCAGCUGCCCAAACCCAACCACGACACCAUGCAGGCGCUCUUCAAACACCUCAACAAGGUGAUUGGCUACGGUGAGGAAAACCGUAUGACCACCCAGAGCGUAGCUAUCGUCUUCGGCCCCACACUGCUGCGGCCUGAGAAGGAGACCUGGAACAUCGCAGUCCACAUGGUCUACCAGAACCAGAUAGUUGAGCUCAUCCUGCUGGAGUACGAGAACAUUUUCGGCAGGUAGACUGAAACACCAGAGGGUUAGCAGCAUCUGUUUUUUUCUUUUGAAUUUUCCAACACAGAGCUCUUCCUGAACAUGUGUGUCUCCGUCUGAGACAACAUGUCUCUUUCUCAGACUGAUCUCAGGUCACUGGCUUCACAGAGCUUCUGACCUCUGGACCGAAAGCUUCAUGAACCAAGAGACAGAUGCAGCUUAUGACCGAAAAGUUCAGCCUCUUUGCACUUUUCAGUACUUUUGUCUCGUUUUCUGUGCAGCUGCGUUUGUGCCACUUAAACUGCAGAGCCGACGUCCUGACACUGGAUUUGUUUGGUUGAUUUGACACUGGAUUCAUUUGGUUCAUUUGACACUGGAUUUGUUUGGUUCAGUUGGAGCGUGAACGAUGCACUCGGACUGGGACCAAAGCAGGACACUGACGAUGGCGGCAGAGAGCUUUUUAUUGGAGCUUCACACAGAUGUGUUGGGUCAAGACUUGUGACUCCUCUACCAACGGCAGCAUGAACUCCUGCAUGUCCACGUGGAUCGACCUCAAGGGUUUAGUCGCUGAGAAAAGAAAUGAGUUUGAAUUGAGUUGAUGAUGUGUUUUAUUUCUGCGCUAUGACUUUUUCAACUCUUUUUCUGGCUCUUAAUGUUUUGAUUUUAUAUGUUUUGUUCUUCCUCUUUCUGUUAAUAAGAUAUGAAAACUUCAAAAGUUUGACACAUUUUUUGCGCCUCCUGCUGGUGAAAGGUGUUACUGCAGCUGUUAGUGAUCAAAGUUUUUGACUGACCGAUCUGAAAUGCGGUUGUCGAGCUUUGUGUCGAGCUGAAACCUGUCCAGUGUGUAAAGAAUGGAUCCAUUUUUAGUGUUAAGAUGUUCGGUCCUGGAUCCAGACUGAGGUCCUCUGAACACAUACGUGGUUUUCACACCACUCAACUUAUCUGCACGCCAACUUCUCCCUGCAGAUUUCAGAACAAUUCUUACUUUGUUCGGAACAUUAACUUGAUAUAUAUAUAUAUAUAUAAACAACCCUCACACCUGGUCAGAUUUGGUGGCCAAUUUUUCCAAGCAGGGCCUCCGAACCUGCAGGAAGGUCGGCAAGCUGCUCAGCACGGAACGUCCGAGAGGCGCUCAGGAAGGGUCAGUUAAGCUUAUGCUUAUCUUAAGCAUGUUAAAAAUUUCCAGGAACUCUGCUGACAUCCUGGUCACAUUAGACACCUCACAGUGCAACAGCCGCCUGGAGCAGGCGUGGCACAACUUGACGUCCAGUUUUCACACUGAGCACAGUGAGGUAGGACUUAGUGUGCGCCACCUUUGUCCAGAAUGGUGCCAUCCUGAGCAGCGUGCCUUAGGAAUGGAGAGUUCACCGAGCUGUGCCUGGCUGGGAGGACUCUGCUUGGGGAAACCAGCCGAGGGGCGCCCAGUUGACUCGGCCCGUUAUGCCGCCAAACCCGCCCAGAUAUGAGAGCUGCUCUACUGAUGUUAUUCCAUAAUGUGUCUGUUCCUGCUGAUGUGUUGGUGUGUGCAUGUUGAUGGGAGCUGGAAGGAUGAAUGAUUUAAAUACAAUUUAAUGUAUAAAUGGUAAAUAUAAGUGUUAAUAAUUUGAGGGAUCAAUCACUAUUCUCCAUUCUGUUCUGGUAAAUGGAAAAUUGUAGUGUAAGUUUCCAGAGUAUGAGCUGGUGGCUUUUGUCAAACUGGAAUAAAGACAUCUAGUAAGAG